AUGGCACACCUAACAAAGGCUGCAUGGCUAUUUCUUUUAUUGAAAAAAAAAAUCACCAGCCACUCACCGCGAGAAUCCAGAUUCGAACGGGUAUCGGAUCCCAUAAACUCUUGCUCUGAUCCCAAAUCCUACCAAAAAUACCCACAUCAGUGGUCCCCAUCCUUCCCCUUUCGGGUAAAAACAAGGGCUUGCAAGAACCAGGUGCACUUAAAGCCCUUCCACCCUGAAAAAAACAUCCAAUUUCCCCUCCAUGAUAUAUAUAAAACCCCAAACCCCCGGAAAUCCUCACUCCCCCCCAAAAAUCUCGCCCUCCAAAAAAAAAAAAAAAAACAACAAAGUGGGCCAAGAAAUAUAACACCCCCACCCUUCAACUCCUCCGGCCGCCGGCGCCUGAGCGCCUCCGCCAGCCCAAACCCCCGCAAGAAGCUAACGACUAUCCCCCUCAUCUUCCUCUCAUCUGUUCUUCGAGGGUUCUCCGGCGGCCCGUACCGCGAUUCGAAGCCGGCGGUCCUCGCCGCCGCCCUCCUCUCUGAUCUCGGCUUCCUCCUCUUCCCCUUCAUCUGCGUCCAUCCUGGCCUGAUCACCGCGAGCUCGCCCACCGCCCUCCCCGGCAACGGGGGCUUCGUCCUCUGGGCCCACCGCGCCUUCGGCCCCUUCCCGGGCUCCCUCAUGGGCACCUGGAAGUUCCUCUCCGGCGUCAUCAACAGCGCCGCCUUCCCCGUCCUCCUCGCCGACUACCUCUCUCGAGUGAUCCCCUCCCUCUCCUCCGGCCUCCCUCGAACCCUAGGUAUCAUUUUCUCCAACGCCGUCCUCUCCGCCCUCAACUACGCCGGCCUCACCAUCGUCGGCUACCUUUCUUUGAUCCUGUGCUUUGUUUCGCUGCUGCCGUUUGUGGUGAUGAGCGCCUGGGCGGUGCCCAGGGUUAGGGUUUCGAGAUGGGGGAGGAUUGGGGGGAAGAAGGACUGGAGGGGGUUCUUCAAUUGUUUGUUCUGGAACUUGAAUUUCUGGGAUAAUGCGAGCACGAUGGCCGGGGAGGUGGAGAGGCCGCAGAGGACGUUCCCGAGGGCGUUGCUGGGGUCGGGGGUGCUGACGGUGUUGGGAUAUUUGGUGCCGUUGAUGGCGGUCACCGGAGCUCUCGAUGUGCCUCAGGAGGCUUGGGGGGAUGGAUUUUAUGCUGAUGCUGCAGGUAUGAUUGCUGGGAAAUGGCUCAAAUAUUGGAUAGAAGCAGGUGCAGUGCUAUCAGCAAUAGGUCUUUAUGAAGCCCAACUCAGCAGCAGCUCCUUCCAACUCCUGGGAAUGGCUGACCUAGGUUUCCUCCCUCGAGUUUUCGCAGCUCGAUCCAAGUGGUUCGAUACCCCCUGGGUCGGCAUCUUAUCUUCAAGUCUCAUCACCCUAGCAAUAUCGUUCUUGAGUUUUUCAGACAUAAUUGCUUCUGCCAACUUCCUAUAUAGUCUCGGAAUGAUUUUGGAAUUUGCGUCAUUCUUGUGGCUAAGGAAGAAGCAUCCAAUGCUUAAGAGACCUUAUAGGGUGCCCAUGGGAAUCCCAGGCCUCAUUGGUAUGUGUUUGGUUCCUUCAGGGUUUCUGAUCUUUGUGAUGGUACUUGCAAGCUGGAAGGUUUUCGUGAUUAGCAUUGGAUUAACUUUUGCUGGUAUUGGAGCGUACUAUUUUAUGGAGUUGUGUAGAAGUAGAGGUUGGUUAGAGUUUAGUAACGGGGAGGAUGUUGGUGAAGAGGAGGGAGUGAGUGACAAAAGAUGUGAAGCAUGAUGAUAAAAAGAAAAGGCGCAAAUUGCCUUCCAUUAAGUUAUAUAAGCAUAUUUGGUAUACACACAGUCUCGGGGUACCAACUUGGCGAGUGAUAUGAAUCCAUGAAUGGGAAUUUCAACUCAAGAAAGCACAAAAAGAGCAGUAUAUGCUUUAAAUUUUAGUGUGGUUACAAUUUUGUUUGAAAUUACCGUGUUAGAUGUGGUAUGAAGCACCAGACUAAAGCUACAUAGAAUUAGCCUACCGUCUCAAUGUAUAUACUUGUUAGUGAAGCAAAGAUCGAAGACGCACUCGAAGCAAGUGUUUCGUUUGAAAUCUAGUCUGCUGAUAUACAAUCUACAGCAAGAAUCUUUGAUUGUGCUCGAGCAUGUGUAACUGUUUUAUUUUAUCAGCUGUAUAUGAAACCUUUACCAAUAUCAUUCUUGAAUUGAAUUAAGAUUAUUUAGA